CCUAGUUAGUCCCUUAAACCCUGAAUCUCACCGUCCCACGCAUCCUGUGGAUACAAUAGACGAGCAAAAAACAUGGCAAGGCGCUGCAUAUCGUUUUCGAGGACUCUUCUCUCUAGCAGUAGACCAUCAACAGUCAAUUCCUCUCCAAGUGUACAAUCCCUUCUCGGCCAGCGCCUUCAGUCUCGCCGUUCUCUUUCCACCAUACUCACAAGGACUAAUGGGGUACUGGGUUGCACCCAAUCGCUGCUACCGCUUCACAGCGCGGUCGCAGCUAGCCGUCUGACAUCACACAUCCAAAUGGAGGCGCGCACUUGCUGCCAGCUGUCUCAGGGACCGCAGUACAGGACAUGCGAUUGGCACAUGUCGUGAAUUAGAAGGCCUUUACUACCUUAACUCACUCAAUCCUUCUACAGCAUGUCUAGUUACAGAUCCUCCAAACCUAAUUCACAGACGUUUAGGACAUCCGAGAUUAUCCAAGCUUCAGAAGAUGGUGCCUAGUUUAUCUAGUUUGUCUACAUUAGAUUGUGAGUGAUGUCAGCUUGGGAAACAUACCCGAGCCUCAUUUCCGCGUAGUGUUGAGAGUCAUGUAGAGUCUGUUAUCUUUAGUUCAUUCUGGUAUAUGUGGUCCUAGUAAACUCAGUUCUUGGGAUUUCGUUAUUUUGUUAGUUUUAUUAAAGGUUAUUAAAGAUGUACUUGGCUUUUCUUAAUGAAAGAUCGUUCUGAGU